AUGUCUCUUUAUAUUUGUAGCCUCAGUUUAAGACUCUCCCAGAGUUCACCAGCCCGUGUUGGCGGGUGCAAGAUGUCUCUUUAUAUUUGUAGCCUCAGUUUAAGACUCUUCCCGAGUUCACCAGCCCGUGUUGCCUCAGUUGAAGACUCUCCCCGAGUUCACCAGCCCGUGUUGCCUCAGUUUAAGACUCUCCGCGAGUUCACCAGCCCGUGUUGGUGGGUGCAAGAUGUCUCUGAAAACAAGUGUCCUCAGACCAUGAAGCGAAGCAGGGAGCCGCUAGCGUGGAUCGCCAGCAACGGGAGGAUGACGGGGGAAACAAGGAUGCUGCGUUGUCUGCCCUACUUCUUCAUCAUCGGCCAGUGCAAGUGUGGGACGUCGGAUCUGUUCAGUAGAAUCAACAGUCACCCUGAUGUAACUCCUCAUGCCAUGAAGGAGACACAAUGGGUUCGUCAGUCACAACUCAGCGAAUCGUGUACCUCCAUAGAUACGUACCUCUAUUUGCUGCAGAAGAGUGCCAAUUUCAUACGGAUGAACCACAGAAAGGACACCGUCAGCCCAUAUAUUUUAGGUGAUGGCACCCCCGCCUAUUUCUCAGUCAACGAGUUCUGGGACAUGUUGCCUGGGAACGAGGGAUGCAAAGAGCCGUGUGUGACAAAUCCCGACCUCAUCCACCAUCUGAACCCACGAGCGAGACUUAUACUGUCUCUCAGGAACCCUACAAACAGGUGACCGCCUCCGUGGUCUAGUGGUAGAGCGUCCGCCCGGAGUUCGAUCCCCGGCCGCGUCAU